UUUAUCCAACACCUCUCUAUAUAAACACUCGAGAAGAGUAGAGAAAAAAAGAAAAGAAAAGAAGAGAGUUAGUUCUUAAACCAAUCAUUCAAAAAUGAUGCGUACUAUCUUCCUCUUAUCUCUUCUCUUUGCUCUAUCCAAUGCCUCUGUUCAAGAUUUCUGUGUCGCAAACCUGAAACGCGCUGAAACCCCUGCGGGUUACCCGUGCAUUCGUCCCAUUCAUGUCAAAGCUACAGACUUUGUCUUCUCCGGCUUAGGCACUCCUGGAAACACUACAAACAUCAUCAACGCCGCUGUCACACCCGCUUUCGCCGCUCAGUUCCCGGGUCUGAACGGUCUAGGCCUCUCUACAGCUAGACUUGACCUAGCUCCUAAAGGUGUGAUUCCAAUGCACACUCACCCUGGUGCAUCUGAGGUUCUCUAUGUCCUUUCCGGCUCCAUUACCGCUGGGUUUGUCUCCUCUGCAAACGCAGUCUACGUGCAGACACUUAAACCAGGACAGGUCAUGAUUUUCCCACAGGGCUUGCUUCAUUUCCAGAUCAACGCAGGAAAAUCCUCUGCAGCAGCCGUUGUGACUUUCAACAGCGCUAAUCCGGGUCUGCAGAUUCUCGAUUUCGCACUCUUUGCUAACAGUCUUCCCACUGAACUUGUGGUGGGUACUACUUUCCUUGACGCUACUACAGUCAAGAAGCUAAAGGGUGUACUUGGAGGAACUGGCUAAAAAAAGACUUAGGACUCCUUGACUAAAACACCAAAACCUGUUUCUUCUUCUUCUUUUCUCUUUGAUUGAUUCUUGUCUUCUCUGUUUUGUGUGCCGUGUAAUUCUUCAAAACCUGUCAAAAUUGUAACAUUGUAUGUGAGUUUUUCAUAUUUAAGAUCCUGAGUUCGUUCA